AUGGGAGGAAAUUUAUCAUCAGAAUUAAAAUCAAGUAAAUAUAAGAAGAGAGAAAUUGUCGAUCUUAGAAAGAUGAACAUCGAUAAAUUACCACCAACUGUUGGAGCACUUCAAUGUAAAGAGUUAUUAUUAUCAGAAAAUGAUCUUAUUACAAUUCCAGAGGAAAUUGGUAAACUUUCCAAAGUAGAAAUUAUUGAUUUCUCAAAGAAUCGUAUCAAUUACAUCCCACCAGAAAUUGGUUCACUUUCAACCUUAAAGCAAUUAUUCCUUUCAAAUAAUAAACUUUUCUAUACCCCAUUAACACCAAAUCUUGGUUCAUUAAAGAGUCUUACCAGGUUAGAUCUUUCUGCCAAUCAAUUAGAUGAUCUCCCAGUCGAAUUAUCCAAAUUAGAAGCUUUAGAAUACUUAGAUAUCUCUGAUAAUCAAUUACAAUCAUUCCCAUUAGAGUUUGGUAAGCUCUAUAACCUUCAAGUAUUCAAUUGCAGCAAGAAUUCACUCAAGAGUUUACCAGGUGAAAUUUCAGGUUGGGUUAAAUUACAAGAACUUAAUGUUAGCAACAAUCAAUUAACUUUCCUUCCAAAUCAAAUUUGUUUACUUGGUCUCUUAUCAACUUUAAAUGUUGGUUUCAAUAAGCUUCAACAAGUACCAGAAGAGCUCUCAUCUAUGGUUUCACUCACUGAUCUUGAUCUUAAAGUUAACCCACCACUUCAAUACGUACCACAGCUUUCAAAUCUCCGUCAGUUAAAGAAACUUUCCAUUAGAAAUCUUCAAAUUACCCAUCUUCCAUUAGGUUUAGGUUUAUUAUCUGAAUUAAUCGAACUCGAUAUCAGAGACAAUCCACAACUUAAAGAAAUCCCAUAUGAUAUUGCUACUCUUAUCAAUCUUCAAAAACUCGACCUUUUCGGUAACAAUAUGAGAAUUGUCCCAAGAGAAAUCGGUAACUUAAUUAACCUUCAACAUUUAGAUCUUCGUCAAAAUAAAUUAACCAUCGAUAAUAUUCCAUCUGAAAUUGGUAAACUUGUAAACUUAAAGAAAUUAUUAUUAUCAAACAAUUUAUUAGUUGCUUUACCACCAGAAAUUUCAUCAAUGAAGGCAUUAAAAGAAUUCGAAGCUUCUAAUAAUCAACUUCAAUCUGUCCCAGCCGAAAUUGGUGAAUUAACAGGUUUAACAAAAAUUAAUUUAUCAGGUAAUAAACUUACUAGUAUUCCACCAUCAUUCGGUAACUUAAGUGAAUUAGUUAUUUGUGACUUAAAGAGUAAUGAAAUUGCUGAAUUACCAAACACAUUAAAUGGUCUCAAGGCUUGCACCAAAUUCGAUCUUUCACAUAAUAUGUUAACAGAGUUACCAUGGGAAUUUGGUGACUUAACCGGUUUAACUAUUCUCGAUGUUGGCCACAAUCCACUUACUAUCCCACCAAAUCCAAUCGUUAUGAAAGGAACAGAAACUAUUAUUCAAUGGUUAAAGAAGAAUGAAAAAGAGGGUCGUAAAGGUAAAGUUUCAGGUUUAGGUAUUCAAGGAGGUGAUAACUAA